AUGGAGAUUAGCAUAAUGCAGGAAGUUGGGCACAUCUAUUGGGACGACAACAAAUUGGCGAUUAAGGAAGAUUUUAGUUAUGAUACACCAUUAGAUUUUAGUUUCAGUCCCGAUGAUUCUUCUCUUUGGAACCCAUCAUCAGAAUUCUGUUCGAUCGAAGAGAAUACAAUGCUUUCGAUCGAAGAGAAUACAGUGCUUUCAAAUGAGACCCAAAAUGAUGUUAUGGAAUUUGCUUUUGAAGAUGAGCUCUUAGACUCGAAUGAUGAUCUUCUGUGGGACGACCUAAUAGUUGAGGAGACUGAAUUGUUAUGUCCAUGUCCCCAAAAGGAGCUCUUUUCAGAACAAGAGAAUUCAGCCAUAAUUGAACAUAUACCGUGUGUCAGUCAGCAUGAUUCUGAUCUAUCUAUGUUUGAUCUUGAUUUUAGAAAUGCUCAAGAUGGUGGUGAAGAUUUUAGCUGUUUAUCAAGUGAGACUGCAAAUACAUCAACCUCUGGAGAGCCUGAAAAAUUUAGUGAAAUCAUAAUCCCCUGUGAGAUUGAUUCUUCUGAAUACAAGGGACUGAGGAUUGUUCAUCUUCUAACUGCCUGUGCAGAGGCAGCAUCCAAUGGAGCCCUUGAACUUGUUGACGUUCUUCUUGAAAGGCUAAAAGAAAUAGCUUCUCCAACUGGGUCUACUAUGGAGAGAGUGGCUUACUAUCUUUCUCAAUCUCUGCAGCAAACUCAGAUGGAGAAGCGGCUGCAGAAUUCAAUUUCAAAUGGGGUGUCUAGAGCCAAUUUUCUUGGAGCUUUCAUCUUACUUAACCAAGCCUAUCCUUUUAUAAAGAUUGCACAUUUCACUGCAAACCAGAGCAUUUUGGAAGCUAUUCCUUUGACAAGGCAGCAGACUGUGCACAUAAUUGAUUUUGAUAUAAUGGACGGUAUGCAGUGGCCAUCAUUGAUGGAAGCCUUGAAGAAUGAAGAUUACCAAAUUGAUCAUCUCAAAAUUACAGCGGUCAAAUGGGUGGAUUCUUUUGAGGAUUCAGACCCAUCUUCAAGCUACUAUAAAGACACUGGAAGAAGAUUGUCUGACUAUUCAAUUUCAUUGGGGAUUCCAUUUUCGUUCCAGGAAACCGAAAUUAAAAAUUUGCAAGGGAUGAUAAGUUCCUCCAAGGAGGAUGAGAUUGUGGUAGUGAAUUGUAUGUGGGAAUUGCCAAAUAUGUUUGAGCGCAGUAGGAAGAAGUUAGUCGAUUUCAUUAAUGGAGCACAUCAGUUCAAUCCAGUUAUCCUGACUCUGGGUACUGGAGCAAACGGAAUUUCAGGCUAUGAGAAUCUUACCUUCAUGGAGCGAUUUUCUCAGUGUUUGAGAAACUUGUGUGCAAUGUUUGAUUCCUUGGAAGCAGGACUAGGAGAGCAAUAUGGGCUUGCUCGAGCAAUGGUGGAACAUCUCUUCUUUGGCCCAAUGAUGUGCAGACCCAUUAAUUACAUGGCAAAUGAUGAGUUGUUCAGAGUGAUUGAUAUCCCUUUAAAAUUAGGGUUUGUUGAGCGUGCCAUAAGUCAGAAAAGUUUUAUGCAUGCAAAAGCUCUUGUAUCAUGCAAUGAGAUAGGGAGAUCGUAUGGUGUAGAAUCAGCAGGAAAUGGUCAGCUGCUUCUAAAUUGGGACAUGACUCCUUUAACUUGUGUGUCUGCAUGGAGCAGAGUGUAA